CGUUUCAUUCAUACUCCACAGUCAGUGCGAACUUCAUUCGGCAUUCUCACUCAGCUGAUCAUUGUUUUGAUUUCUGCGUGGCAAGAGUAAACUAACGGGACCGGUUGUACGCUAUUGUUUUUGAAGCGUUGCUCACAAUGGCCGCCUCUACUACCACCACCGAGAAAACGGUUUCCUUUACAAAGGCGAUGCGUGUGGCUACGCGUGAGAUUCACAACGUGAGCGAUGGCUUAGUGAAUGCGAAAUUGGCCUUUGCUUUGUACGAUAGUGCGGUUUGGGCGGAAGGACUGCUGGUAUUCUACGAAAUUUUCAAAUUUCUUGAGCAGCAUGUGGCACAUGACUUCCUGCCGGAAGAGUUCCACCGAACCGAGCAGUUUGAACAGGAUCUGGCCUUCUACCUGGGGGCUGAUUGGAAGUCCAAAUACCAGCCCAGGAAGGAAGUCUGCGAUUACCUCAAACAUCUGGAACAGAUCGAGCGCGAGAAUCCAAACCUGCUGGUCGCGUACGUUUACCACCUGUACAUGGGCCUGCUCUCCGGAGGACAAAUUCUGCAAAAACGACGAAACAUUACCCGCAAGUUUAACCCGUUUGCCACAGCCGGGGAGCCGAACCGGGGUGCGGCGUUGACGACCUUUGAGGAGCACAGCAUCUUUGAGUUGAAACAAAAGAUGCGUUCCAACAUUGAUAAAUUUGGGGAGAGCCUGGACGAGGAAACGAGGCAGCAAAUGAUGGAGGAAAGUAGGAGGGUUUUUGAGCUCAACAAUGGGAUCAUUCGGACGGUGCAAGGAGUUAAUCGAGCCAACGUCAAGACGCUGAUUUACGUCGCGCUGUUGGUGAUGAUUUAUUUUGUUGUGAAAUAUCUGUUUUUCUGAGAGAAAAAUUCUGAUUUGAAACUGAAUUAGAUUGUGUGAUGUAGAAUAAAUUUUAAUGAGGAUAAAUAGACU